GACAGCACGCUCUUUCUUAAGACGCGCCUAGCGGGGAGUGUUUCUGGCUUCGCGUCCCUCUCGCUGCCCUGUGGUCUGCGGCUCCCGCGUGGCCCGGAGCGAGGCCCGGCAGCCCGCGCUCGAGACCCGCGUCGCCAUGGCCGCGGUUCCCGAGGUGCUGCAGCAGCAGGACGAGGACCGAAGCAAGCUGAGAUCUGUAUCUGUGGACUUGAAUGUUGAUCCCUCGCUUCAGAUUGACAUACCUGAUGCACUCAGUGAAAGAGAUAAGGUCAAGUUUACAGUACACACCAAGACCACACUGCCCACGUUUCAGAGCCCAGAGUUUUCUGUUAUAAGGCAACAUGAAGACUUUGUAUGGCUACAUGACACUCUUUCUGAAACUGCAGACUAUGCUGGACUUAUUAUUCCACCUGCUCCUACAAAGCCUGACUUUGAUGGCCCUCGAGAGAAGAUGCAGAAACUGGGGGAGGGCGAAGGGUCUAUGACCAAAGAAGAAUUUGCCAAGAUGAAGCAAGAAUUGGAAGCUGAAUAUCUUGCUGUCUUUAAGAAGACUGUAUCUUCCCAUGAAGUCUUUCUUCAGCGGCUUUCUUCUCACCCUGUUCUCAAUAAAGAUCGCAACUUUCAUGUUUUCCUGGAAUACGAUCAGGAUCUAAGUGUUAGGCGGAAAAAUACCAAAGAGAUGUUUGGUGGCUUUUUUAAAAGUGUGGUGAAAAGUGCUGAUGAAGUCCUUUUUUCUGGAGUUAAGGAGGUAGAUGACUUCUUUGAGCAAGAGAAGAAUUUCCUCAUUAACUAUUAUAAUAGGAUCAAGGAUUCAUGUGCAAAAGCUGACAAAAUGACCAGAUCUCAUAAAAAUGUUGCAGAUGACUAUAUCCACACUGCAGCCUGCCUGCAUAGCCUGGCUUUAGAGGAACCCACAGUCAUCAAAAAGUACCUGUUGAAGGUUGCUGAGCUGUUUGAAAAACUUAGGAAAGUAGAGAGUCGAGUCUCCUCAGAUGAAGAUUUAAAGCUGACAGAGCUCCUUCGAUACUAUAUGCUCAACAUAGAGGCUGCUAAGGAUCUCUUAUACAGGCGUACCAAAGCCCUCAUUGACUAUGAGAACUCAAACAAAGCGUUGGAUAAGGCCCGGUUAAAAAGCAAAGAUGUCAAGUUGGCUGAGGCACACCAGCAGGAAUGCUGCCAGAAAUUUGAACAGCUUUCUGAAUCUGCAAAAGAAGAACUAAGCAAUUUCAAACGAAAGAGAGUGGCAGCAUUUAGGAAGAAUUUAAUUGAAAUGUCUGAACUGGAAAUAAAGCAUGCUAGGCUAUGUGUUCGUGGAAGCUGCAUGGCUCAUGGCCACGUGGACCCCAUAUGCAAUGGACUGAUGAACGACAGCUGGGGACACAAACUAAGCUAGCCUGAUGCUGGACUGAAGUGUGCAAAUGUGGAGCAGAAACUCUGGGAAAUGGCUUUCAUCCUAGCUCUGCUGAAAGCAGUGGGCCUUUUUCCUUGGCCGAAUGGAGAAAAAUGGGACCUUGGGAACUAAGGGAUUUGAUUUCACAGAAAUAAAGCUUUCUACAAUAUCUCAUC